AUGGAAAAAGUAAAGGCGCGGACGGGUAUAUAUCAUGAACAUCAAGAUGGUUUUCUGUGUGGUCAACAUGCGUUGAACAAUCUUCUACAAAGCUCAUUUUUUACUGCUGAUGCACUGGCAGACAUCGCUCGAGAACUCGACGUGGACGAAAAGCGCGUCUUAUAUCACAAACCAUGCGAAUCGGAAAAUGUCGACGACACUGGAUUCUAUAACAUUCAAGUGUUACAGAUUGCAUUGAAGAUGUUCGACAUAGAAUUAAUAUCAUUCGCAAGUCAAGAUGAAAUUGCCAAAAGAGCGCGUCAGAAUCCUACAUGUGUUCAAGCUUUUGUAUGCAACUUAGGCUCACACUGGUUUUCCAUACGACGAUUUGGUUCUCACUAUUUCGAUUUAAAUUCUAUUUACUAUGUUCCACAUAUAUUUACGAGACAAACGCUACCAAAAUAUUUAAAUAUCAUUCAAGACAACGGCUAUUCGGUAUUUAUUGUAGCUGGAACAUUACCGGUGUGCUUAGCCGAUAGACAACUUGAAGAGAAUCCUAUUAGUGCGCAACAAUAUGAGCUUUUAACGAAAGAUUUACCAAUGUUAGUCAUGGAUAAAAACUUGAAAAAUGCUGACGGUUUCAUAGAUAACAGACCGAUAAUGGUACCUAGAACUUUACUUGAUGAAUAUCGACGGAAUCCAAACGAUCCAGAAGUGAAAAGAAAGUUUAAUAAAUAUCUCCCCAGCGGUCUAACUAUCGAAGACGUUGUCGUACCGGAAGGAAUGUCGAAGAGUUUGAUUGUUGAAAGACUUAGCACGGGACAUUGUAACUGUCCCAACUGUCGUUCGAAAGCAAAUGGUUCGAGUGCAUCCCCGACGACGAAAAAGUCUGAUGAUUUCGAAAAACCAGUGCCAAAAUCAGCGAUAAUGGCUCAACAAAUCACAAACUACAGCUAUGAUGAAGUCGAUCCGAACGAUGCAGACCAAUCACUUCAACGCCAAUACUUCACGACCAGUAUACUUCUUAUAAAUGCUUCAUCGAUGCGAAAUAAUCGUAUGGACGACGAUCUUUUCGAUGAAGAGGAAUUACAAAAUGCAGACGAUCGCUUGGAAACUAGGGCCGAACUCCUUCGAAAGACUCUUAUGUUGCAGCAGGAAAUAGAAGAUAUAAAGGACAUGACGGCUAUAGCAGACAAAAUGAAUUCUCUCUAUAAAGCACGCGCAGAAUACGUCAACGAAACAUUGUUGGCCACUGGUAUUGCUGCUAGUUUAGCAGAUGCACAUUCUAACAAAAAUAAGUCUGAAAAGAAGUCCGAACCCAUACCACUACCAGCACCAGCUGAUACUAAACUAAUGUCAGAAGAAAACUCGCCGGUACCACCACUGAUCGAUGAUAUACCUCCGUUACCUUCGAAUGACAUACAAUCAGCUCAACACAAUGAUAUGAAUCCAUCAGAAUCAACAACAACUAAUAGUUCACCAUCAUCGUCUACAAUAGUAAACGCUGAAAAUUCCAUAGAAUCAAAUGGUGCACCUGUAGAAGAGCCGUCCAUACCAAAUUUCCUGCCUUUGAAUAACACAGACCCACAACCAUCAGGAAACGCAGAGCUUCAAUCAUCAGUAGUUUCAAAAGAUAACGCAUUAGAACAUGAUACACCUCAGCUUCUAUCACCAAUCGUAGAUCCCGAUGUUAUGCAAGCGCUCACUAUCGAAGAAAUUCGACAACGUCGCCUUCGAUUGUAUGGUAAUCGAAAUCGAUCAAUUAUUUCACCAGUGCCAGACGUCACUGAUUAA